AUGACCAGCGCACCAGCGAUGACCAGCAUACUCAGCGCCGUGGCACCCAGCAGUGCCAGGAAAGCGAAGAAGAGCACCGUCCGACAGCGCGAAGACGAGGAAGAUGAGUACCGGCAGGCUUGUGCAGAGGAGCAGGCAUGUGACGAGGGUUGUGAGGUGGGGGUGGAUGGAGAAGAAGUAUGCGAAGUUUUCGAUGAGGGCUUUGAGGGUGUCUAUGGUGGUGAGGAGGGCAUUGAAUCGCGAUCUGAAACCGGUGGUGCUGAAGGUGGGCUGCUUGGGUUUGGAGAAGGCAUUUUUCAGGGGGAAUGUGAUUUUGGAGGUGGUUAUGUUGGUGGCCUCGAUGCCGUUGGUAGCUUGGACAGCGGCAUCGUCUUUGGUGGGAGACUCUGGGAUAGUUUCCAUGGCUGGUUGGGGGGACAUCUUUUAGCUGUUGGUAGCUAUCGUGUCCAGGACAGAAAAAUAGCACAGGAUGGGACAUGGAAGGCCAUUCCGGAGCUGCUCCCAUCAACGGCUGGAGACUGA